AUGGCAUCGUGUCUGUACGAAUGCCUUUGUGAGGCAGAACUUGAAAAAUAUUAUCCUCAGUUUGUUGCCCUUGGCCUUCAGAAGAUAGAUGAACUAGCCAAGAUUGCCAUGAAAGAUUAUGCCAAACUAGGGGUUCAUAACAUGAAUGAUCGCAAGCGCCUCUUUCAACUCAUUAGAAUCAUCAAAAUUAUGCAGGAAGAAGAGGAAGGCGCAGACACAACCAAGCAAGAUUUUCAACCAUGUGACCUCUACAUCCAACCUCAGGUGACCAGGUCAGGUCCUCGUAGACAACUACAUUUUGAGUCCCUCUUUGAGAAAAAGGAUGGAACAGGUAAAGACUGUGAACUUGAAUUGCAGAGUUUCUCUGAUUUCUGUGCUAACAAAGAGAAGGAAAGUUUGGUGGAAAUGUUAGGACAUGUUCUACCAGGGGACUCAGAGGACAAUAAAAUAACCAGAAGAGACAUCCUGAAUGUUCCUGGAACAUGCACACAAAAUGAACUGGCAAUAUAUUCAUCAAAUAAUAUUGCCCCUCUAUUGGGGGAUUCUGAAGCUCCCAUCAUACAAAGAGUAACUCAUAUUUCCGGGUAUAAUUAUGGACUACCUCAUUCUUGUAUCAGAUCUAGUACCGCUGAGAAGGAGAUGCCGUGGACAGAGACUGACAAAAUCCGAGUGUGUGUCAGAAAACGCCCGCUGGGCCUGAGAGAGGAGCGGCGGGGGGAAGUUAAUGUCAUCAGAGUGGAAGAUAAAGAAACUCUUCUUCUCCAUGAGAAGAAGGAGGCAGUUGAUCUUACCCAGUAUAUUUUGCAGCAUGUUUUUUAUUUUGAUGAAGUCUUUGGGGAGGCAUGUACCAAUCAGGAUGUGUAUAUGAAGACUGCUCACCCCCUCAUUCAGCACAUUUUUAACGGAGGCAACGCCACUUGCUUUGCAUAUGGACAGACUGGUGCUGGCAAGACUUACACUAUGAUAGGGAGUCACCAGAACCCAGGACUCUAUGCACUGGCUGCUAAAGAUAUUUUUAGACAACUAGAGGCAUCCCAGUCAAGGAGAGAGCUCCGUGUAUGGAUCAGUUUUUAUGAGAUCUACUGUGGACAGCUUUAUGACCUGCUAAAUGGAAGGAGAAGACUUUUUGCAAGAGAAGAUAGUAAGCAUGUUGUACAAAUAGUUGGCCUGCGUGAGGUUCAAGUGGAUACCGUAGACCUACUAUUAGAGGUAAUUUUGAAGGGUGGGAAGGAGCGUAGCACUGGGGCGACUGGAGUCAACUCCGAUUCCUCCCGUUCUCAUGCUAUCAUCCAGAUUCAGAUUAAAGACUCUGCAAACAGAGUGUUUGGGAGGAUCUCUUUCAUUGACUUGGCUGGCAGCGAGAGGGCAGCUGAUGCCAGAGACUCAGACAAACAAACAAAAAUGGAAGGAGCAGAAAUAAACCAAAGCCUUUUAGCUUUAAAGGAAUGUAUUCGGGCUCUGGAUCAGGAACAUGCUCAUACUCCUUUCCGGCAAAGCAAAUUAACUCAGGUACUAAAAGAUUCUUUCAUUGGAAAUUCUAAGACGUGUAUGAUAGCUAAUGUGUCACCUAGCCACAUAGCUACGGAACACACCCUGAACACGUUACGAUAUGCUGACAGGGUAAAAGAACUGAAGAAAGGGAUUAAAUGUUGUACCCCUGUCACAAACAGACGUCGGAUAGCUGGAAAUGUAUCUCCAAAACGUAUCCAAAACUCUCCUUCCACGCCCAUGGGAGAUAAGAGCUCUCCAAAGAAAGUAAAACUAGGACUCCAUCAUCCUUUAAGUUCUUUGAGAAUAAAGGCAUCCCCUUCAGUGUUCCAUCCAACCAAUGUCCCUUUUUCCUCUACCCCAAAAGGAGCCAAGGGUCAUGCCCACAAAGGAAAUCCUAGCUCACCAUGGCUCAAUCACACCAGUCCCAUUAAAGGAUUGCUAAAGAUAGGGCAUCAUCCCAUGAAGAAAAAGAUUGAUGAUCUGACACUGCCAUCUGAGAAGCAUCAUACUGCAAAAGAUUGUGUUGUCGCUACAGCUGCAGUCCCAGAGACAAGAGAGAGUGGGCAAGGAGAUCAUUGUAUUCAAGAUAAACAACCUGUCAGAUGCCUGAAAGUACAGACAGUGCAACCUGUACAAAAGCAGCUCAUUUCCAGAAACGGCUUUUCCUUUGGAGAUGGAAACCGCCCACCAGACAGCAGUCAGCGCUCUGCAAAUGUUUUUACCAAACAGUGCAUUGAAACCUGGGCAAAUCUCCCUCCACAUCAGAAAGAAAGGGAACAACAUUUGCGCCUUUACCACCAGCAGUUUCAGCAGCCACCUAUUCUACAGCAGAAGUUGAACUAUCAACCACUUGAGAGGUUUUUAGCCCAAUACAAGCCCCAGGAAAUUAGAGUUAAACAAGACCGGAGCCUUCCUCCCACGGACUCACAAUGCAAAGAGGGGAUGCUGCUGGAAGACCUGGACGACAGUGAUUUUAGUGAAGACUCUUUCUCACCUAUAUCCAACCAAAGGAAAGUUAAAAGAAACACCAGCGAGAGCAGCCAACUUUCCUUUUUCCUUCAUCAGAGAGAACAAGAAAGUGAGGAGGAGAAAGGCCGAGAGAGACAGGGUUUAUUUUUCGAACAUGCAACACAUACACAAGAGCAUGAACUUAAUGACAGCUGGGACUACGGGAAGGGCUUUGCAUUUCCAGAACCGGGGGAGCCCAUUAGAGAUGGAGAAAGCAGCAAGACUCAGUCUGACUGGAGCACAGAGGAUGACUUCACUAUUGAUUCUUCUGUGAACAAUAAUACUGCAGAAAAACCUUAUUGCUUGCGGGAAGAACUUGUCAGUACCUGGAAAAACAGCAAGGAUUUACCAGCUGAUCACAAACAAUACAAAUCCGAAUACAGACAUCUAGUUUAUCCCGGUGAAAGCUCCUCAUUCCCAGAAAAGGGGACACAAAGCCCACAUGUUCCCCACGCAUUGGAUUCAGGGACUACAAAAUGCAACAAGAUCAGCCUUCCACGUGCACAAAGGGAAGAAUCCAUCGAAGACGGACAAGCUCCAGUUGCAGGAAACUUCGAAGGGAAGAAACUAAAAAAUGGAACUGGCCCCUGUGGAGCUUUUAAUACUUCAUCAGAAUUCACUUCUGAGCUGAUGGCCCCUCUGACAAUGUCUCUCCUUGACAGUGAGGAGGCAGCUGAUCAAGAGAACAUCCUUUCUGAUCAGGAAAAGGCUCUCCAAGUGAAACAGAUGUUGGAAAGAAAAACCUGUAGCCCCAGCAAAAGAUUAGAGGGAGAGGCCAGGCAGUUUCCUAGAAAUAAAGCCUCACCAACAGGCAGCAUGCCAGAGCUGGGUGAACAAAUGUACCACGGUGAAAGGAAGUCCACUCCGCAGCACUCCCCACAAACUGAGAACAAGCGGCUCUCACAGUCCUGUCGUGCUGCAAAGCCUUCUGGUAGCCUUGGAGGUUCAUCUCCAUGGAACACACAUCAGAGUUCUAUUAAUGGUUUAUUUGUCCGAGAUGAAGACUUGACAGAAGCAUCAGCAUCUGUGAGAGUCAAAAACCCUUGUGGAGAGAAUGAAGAUGAAUUGUUUCUUCGUAACUUAAAGUGCAGAGAAUACCUGGAUAACAGCAGGCAGUAUGAUGCUGAUACUGAGAAUACCACUGGUAGCCUGUUGAGCGGCCCAGAAAAAUCUAGCAUGGGUAAAGGACCCAUUGCUGGGCCCACGUCUCAGACUAUACAUGCUGAUUUGCCUGAAAAGGGUUAUUUUUCAUGUGCCCCAUCCAUUCUGAAUGCAGGAAGAGUGGAGUGUACAACUUCAUCCCCCUCUAGAGAAAGCAGCCCACUGCAGCCCAGAUCAGAAUUCAGGAGCGAGGACUUGAACCAUGCUGAAGAUACAUUCAAGUUGUCAUUCAGUGGUGAGGAAAUAGGGCUGCUUAAGAAUAAACUGAUGCAAAGUAUUUUUACACCAGACUGUUUUGAUGCUGCAGAACAGGAUUCAAGAUCCGUUACCAAAGAGAUCAGAUCAUUAGCAAAUCAAAACACUCGCCGAAAUCCAUCCAUCAUUAGUGCCCAGAUUGAUACGUCAGAAACAUCAGACCGGCACAGAGAAGCCCUGGGAAAGGCACAGCAGGUUGUGAUUCAAGCCCAUCGAGAGCAGCUGGAUGAAAUGGCAUCCCUGUGUUUUAAGGAAGAGACCUUGAUCAAUCAGAUGUCGGCAGCAGAUUUUGAAAAUUAUGUGACCAAACUGGACGAAAUCCUGAUGCUGAAAUCAAAGUGUAUCCAAAGCAUGCGAGCCCAGCUUCAGCUCUAUUUAGCCUGGCCCGAGCCUGACGCUACCCUGCAACGAACUACACCACCUUAG